AUCAGCUGUCAUCGGUGACAGCGCACAGAACGCACCGAUAAAAAAGCAAGCAUUGCGUGCAUUAAGGUUUCGUUCCGUUUCUUUGCCGUGCAUUUUCCCUAGUUUAUUCUGUUCUUGACUCAUUUGAGACUCUCGUAUCAGCAACAUGUCGUCCGCUGCCGAAGAAGCGAACCACAAACCGGAGGCACCGACCGCUCCGGCGCAAGAAAACACUUCCGAAGAAAACCCCUUGCAGGCAAAAGCCGACGAGCUCGGUGCUCGUGGAAAUGAGUUUUUCAAAGAACAAAACUACGAGCAGGCAAUCGCGCUCUACACCGAGGCGAUCGAAACGUGCCCGAACGAGCGGUUCUACGCAAACCGCAGCUUCGCCCACUUCCGGACAGAAUCGUACGGUUACGCUCUGAGCGAUGCUGAUAAGGCGAUAUCGAUGAAAAACAGCUACACCAAAGCGUACUACCGCCGGGCGGCCGCGCUGAUGGCGCUCGGCAGGUUCAAGAAGGCGCUGGCCGACCUGGAGUUUGUCGCGAAACGGUGCCCAAGCGCGAAGGAUGCCCAGGACAAGUACACGGAGUGCAAAAAGAUGGUCAACAAGAUCGCGUUCGAGAAGGCCAUCUCGGUGCAGCAUCAGGAAAAGAGCGUGGAAAAAAUGUGCCGUGAUAUGGAAUUCGCAACUAUCGAGGAUGACUACACUGGACCGAAGCUGGAAAACGGUAAGGUAACGCUGGAGUUCAUGAAGAGUCUACUUGAGUGGUACAAGAAGCAGAACAAGCUGCAUAAAAACUUUGCCUACAGGAUUCUUUGCGAUAUGGAAACGCUGCUGAAAACGCAACCCUCCCUGGUGGAGAUACCAGUGCCGGACGAACAAAAGUUUACAGUGUGUGGCGAUAUCCAUGGGCAGUUCUACGACCUGCUACAUAUAUUCGAAAUCAAUGGUUUGCCAUCGCCCACCAAUCCCUACCUAUUCAAUGGCGAUUUCGUCGACAGGGGCUCAUUCUCGGUGGAAUGCAUCUUCACCCUGUUCGGUUUUAAGUUGCUAUACCCCAACCACUUCUUCCUCGCGCGAGGAAAUCACGAAAGCUUCAACAUGAACCAGCUGUACGGUUUUACCGGCGAGGUGGUUUCAAAGUACUCGCAAAACAUGGCCGACAUGUUUACGCUCGUGUACAACUGGCUGCCACUGUGCCAUUUGAUCAACAAAAAGGUGCUGGUAAUGCACGGCGGGCUGUUCUCGAAGGAUAACGUGUCGCUGGACGAUUUGCGCUCGAUCGAUCGCAACUGUCAGCCGCCGGAGGAGGGCCUGAUGUGCGAACUGCUGUGGUCCGAUCCGCAUCCCCUGCCCGGGCGCGUACCGUCGAAGCGCGGCGUCGGCAUACAGUUCGGCCCCGAUGUAACGGAGGCAUUCCUGAAGUACAACAAUCUGGACUACAUCAUUCGCAGCCACGAGGUCAAGGCGGAGGGUUACGAGGUGGACCAUAACGGCAAAUGCAUAACCGUCUUUUCGGCACCUAAUUAUUGCGAUCAAAUGAAGAAUCUGGGAGCAUUCAUCACACUGAAAGGGAAUGAUUUGACGCCGAAGUUCACUACCUACGCAGAUUCGGUAAGUGAUGCGCGAGUGGUGAAAACCAGCACAAACCCUUCUUUCCUCCGGAGCUGAUUGCAUAACGUUGUAUAUCUUAUCUUUUCUUUUCUUUUCUUUGUUCAUUCAGCCACAUCCCUCCAUUCGGCCGAUGGCAUACGCUUACAGUUUGAUGUCAUAGUACGGUUAAAGCGCUCAGUUGAAAGGUAUUGAACGUAAUUUCAAUAUGUUUUCUUCAUUCGUUGCUGUUUGACUUUUUCGUUAAAAUCUCCAUCAUCGCAGUGAUCGUGAGGCAAGCUCAAUGAUUCAUUCGUUGUAGGGUACGAUCGAUCAGAUCCUUGUUUAUUUCGUUUCCUUCCUGUUUUUUCUUCUUAUUCAAGUAUCAAUUAUAUCACAGCCAAUCGAAACCCAGCUCCGAGAAUUUGGCAAAAUAUAUGUCUUUUUUUAAUGUUUGCUGGAGCUUUACAAAUGAUGAGAGAUCAUAACACGAACAUGAGUGAAUGGCAGCAUAGAAAAAGGUGACGGAACGCGUUACACUUGAACAUGUUUCCUUCAGCAAAACAUCGGUCUAUUAACCUAGUUUUCUUGAUAAGUAAUUAUCAUAAAAAAAACAAAUGUGGCCAGCAAAUAGUACAUAAAUAUCCGAUAAACAGAAAGAUGGCAAAAUGUUUGAUCCGCGGUUGCAUUAUGCAGUUAGAGCUUUAUUGAAAAGCAGUGCAAACGAUUGGUUAAAUGCUCUUGUAAUAUUACAAUUUGGUCUUUUGGUGUGCGUGAAGUUGGAAACUGUAUAGAGAGAACAUACAAAUAGAUGGAGAACGGACCGUUGGCAAAACAAAAA